UGUUGAUCAUCGUCUCUCUCUCUCCAAUCCCUCGUUAACUUCGCACAAGUCGUUGCGUUGAGUCAACAACACACAUCAGAUUCAAAGUGUUUUUUAAUCGGCCGAGAGAGAGAGAUCGCGAGCGAGAGAGAGAAGAAGAAGAUGGCGGCGACUGUGCAUUCUCCGAUCGUGACUUACGCAUCGAUGCUGUCGUUACUCGCUUUCUGUCCACCUUUCGUCAUCCUCCUAUGGUACACGAUGGUUCAUCAGGAUGGUUCUGUUGUUCAGACCGGUAGCUUCUUGUGGGAGAAUGGAGUUCAAGGGCUCAUCAACAUAUGGCCAAGACCCACCGCCAUCGCUUGGAAGAUCAUCUUUUGCUACGGAGCAUUUGAGGCUGCUCUUCAGCUGCUACUCCCUGGUAAAAGAGUUGAAGGUCCCAUUUCUCCUACGGGGAACCGGCCGGUUUACAAGGCCAAUGGUAUGGCUGCCUAUUUUGUGACACUAGCCACCUAUCUUGGUCUUUGGUGGUUUGGGAUAUUCAACCCAGCAAUUGUCUAUGAUCAUUUGGGGGAAAUAUUUUCGGCGCUAAUAUUUGGAAGCCUUGUGUUCUGUGUUUUGUUAUACAUUAAGGGUCAUGUUGCACCUUCAUCAAGUGAUUCUGGUUCAUGUGGUAACCUGAUUAUCGACUUCUAUUGGGGCAUGGAGUUGUACCCUCGAAUUGGUAAGAACUUUGACAUCAAAGUUUUUACUAAUUGCAGAUUCGGUAUGAUGUCUUGGGCUGUUCUUGCCGUCACGUACUGCAUUAAACAGUAUGAAAUAAACGGGAAAGUAUCUGAUUCAAUGUUGGUGAACACCAUCCUGAUGCUGGUCUAUGUCACCAAGUUUUUCUGGUGGGAAGCGGGUUACUGGAACACCAUGGACAUCGCACAUGACCGAGCUGGAUUCUAUAUUUGCUGGGGUUGUCUGGUGUGGGUGCCUUCUAUUUAUACCUCUCCAGGCAUGUACCUUGUGAACCACCCAGUCCAACUUGGAACUCAGUUGGCUAUAUACAUUUUGGUGGCGGGAUGUCUUUGCAUUUACAUAAACUAUGACUGCGAUAGACAAAGGCAAGAGUUCAGGAGGACAAACGGUAAAUGCUCGGUUUGGGGCAAAGCCCCAUCAAAGAUUGUGGCGACAUAUACGACAACAGCUGGUGAAACUAAAACCAGUCUUCUCUUAACCUCUGGAUGGUGGGGAUUGGCUCGUCAUUUCCAUUAUGUUCCUGAGAUCUCAAGUGCUUUCUUCUGGACCGUACCGGCUCUCUUUAAUAACUUCUUGCCUUACUUCUACGUCAUAUUCCUCACCAUUCUUCUCUUUGAUCGAGCCAAGAGAGACGAUGACCGAUGCCGAUCAAAGUAUGGAAAGUACUGGAAGCUGUACUGCGAGAAAGUCAAAUACAGGAUCAUUCCGGGAAUCUAUUGAUUGUAUUAAAGUUUGUGUUCUCUUCUUCUCUACUUUGUUUCAUUAAAUGGAACGUUUGAACUAUCCUAAGACCCAAAAAAUGAAGAAAAAGCAAAUUGAUGCGUGUAGACAUUUUUUUGCUGAUUUGUAAGCUACGUUUGAAUUUCUAGCUAUGGGUUUUGAUAUAUUUAGUCUAAAGUUAGUAAUCUUA